AUGAUACCAACAACCAAAGAUGAUACAACCUUUGACAACAACAACAAAGAGAUGCCAUUUACAAGCGAUCAAAUAUUUGAUGCAAUUCGAAAUGCUCAAGGAGAUACACCAUUUCAUCUAUACAAUGGUGAUAUGAUUGCUGAAAAUGCACGUCAUAUGAUCAAAUCGUUUAGAAAUCAUUUCACUCAUUACACCAACUAUUUUGCUGUAAAGGCAACUCCUAAUCCACAUCUACUAGAUCUACUUAAACAACAAGGAAUGGGUGUAGAUUGUAGUUCUUUUGCAGAAUUAAUCUUAUCUCAAAAAGUUGGAUUUAAAGGUGAUGAAAUUAUGUUUACAAGUAAUAAUACACCAGACAAGGAAUAUCAAUUGGCAUAUGAAUUGGGUGCAGUCAUCAACCUUGAUGAUAUAACACAAAUUGAUGCAAUGAAACAGGCACUUGGUGGUGAGAAGAUGCCAAGAAUGGUAUCUUUGAGAUAUAAUCCUGGACCACUUAAACAAGGAAAUGCAAUCAUUGGAGAACCACAAGAAGCAAAGUUUGGUUUGACUGCUGCUCAAUUGCCAGAGGCAUAUGCCAAGCUAAAGGCUUUGGGUGUAGAUAGAUUUGGUUUACAUUGUAUGGUGGCAUCGAAUGAGUUGCAACUAGAUUACUUUGAAGAGACUGCCAAAUUACUCUUUAAUACUGUUGCAGAGUUGUCUCGGUCACCAAUGUCACUCACUUUUGAAAUGAUAAACUUGGGUGGUGGUAUUGGUAUCCCUUAUCGACCAGGUCAAAAACCCGUUGAUUUUGUACAACUUGCUCAAAGAAUAGCCAACCAAUACAAUAAUAUCAUAUUACCACUACUCUCUGAUCAACAACAAUACGUCAACGCCAACAUUAAAGAAAUUAAAAUUGUAACUGAAUGUGGUAGAGUUGUCACUGGACCAUAUGGUUGUCUCAUUACAAAAGCUAUUCACCACAAAUCAACUUAUAAACAAUAUGUAGGAGUUGAUGCCUGUAUGGUUAAUUUAAUGCGUCCUGGAAUGUAUGGUGCUUAUCAUCAUAUUACUGUUUUAAAACAAAAUAAUCAAAAUAAUCAAAAUAAUCAAAAUAAUCAAAAUAAUAAUAAUCUAUAUGAUAUAGUUGGAUCAUUAUGUGAGAAUAAUGAUAAAUUUGCAGUAAAUAGAUCAUUACCAAACAUUGAAAAAGGAGAUAUAUUGGUGAUUCAUGAUAGUGGAGCACAUGGACAUAGUAUGGGUUUUAACUACAACGGAAAGACAAGAUCGGCUGAAUAUUUAUUUACUACUACCAACAACAACAACAACGAGACCAAAACAUUCACAUGCAUCCGAAGAGGUGAAACCUUGGAUGAUUUAUUCACAACAUUGGAUUUCUCAAAAUGGGACAACAAAGACCUUUGA